AUGGAGACAACGACGCAGCCAGUUGAACAACCCGCCAGAGCUCAUCAGGAUCAGCUGAUGAUUGACAUGAUAUUGCGCCUGCGACACGCGCCAACUCCUCGUCCCCGACACCUAGUCCCUCGUCAAUUCCGACCACGAUCGACUCGCCCUGCCCGUUCGCCUCGUACUGCUUCUUCUGUUCGUCUUGCUCAAUCUAGUCGUGCCCGUUCUUCAAACCUCCCUAUAAAUCAUUCCAGCGGUAGACCCUCGAAGGACGAUUUAUUCUGGCCCCCAUCACAAGUUACCAACGCGCAACUCUCUGAUCCUGCGACGCGCAUCCUUAUAAAUACAAAAGAAGCGACACUUGUUUCAUGUCUUGUUAAUGGGGGGACAAUGUACUACUUUGGAGCACCUUCCUCCCGCAAGAGCCGGGCACGACGGUAA